AUGGCCCAGAUCAGACUCCGGCUGGCGUCAGCAGAAGAGUGCUUGCAAGAGUUUGAUGCAGACAAAGACGGCCUACUUUCUCUGGGCGAGCUGGGUGAUUGCUUGAACACUGUGUUGCGGCGAAGUGGCUGCGAAGACAGUUGCAGCAAGCGGUUAUCAGGACAGAUCCUUGAGGAAUAUUCUCUGCGAGCAGACGGAGCUGCCGCAGGUUUGGGGGCCUUAUGUCGCCUUCUCGAAGCUGCAAGUGAUCGUGCCUCCAUUGCACGAAGCCGAAGCCGAAGCCCUGCCCGAGGCAAGGGCGAAACAGCGUUCGACGCGGAAGCCAAGGAGGCGUGGCUGCAGAAGGAAGCAAUCGCCUGGGCCGCUCCGAGCUGCCUCCACACCAUUCCGACCGCAUCAGAUAGCGAAAUUCCGACCCUCGACUGGGCCCGGGCCACAUGCCACAAAGACCGCGAAGGUUUUGUGGCAAGCCUGCGCGAUGCCUGUAAAAAAGUGGGGUUCUUCUUUCUGGUAAACCACGGCGUCGAACAUGAUGUCUUGGAUGCCGGGACGCGACUCAUUGAAGAGUUUGGGAGCUUGUCGUGUGAAGUCAAGCAACAGUAUACAAUGGACCAGGGAAGGUUCCCUUCCGGUACUGGUUAUCUGCCGCUGCAUAGCCGGAAGCUUCCAAGGAGGCCGAAAGGAAACGUGGUUGAGGCGUUCAUCGUCAAGCGUGAGCAUGGCCCAAGAAACAUUCGCUUGGAAGAUAUGCCCUGGCCCCGUGAGCUUGGGUUGGCCUGGAGGAGCAGGGUGGAGCAGUAUGCAGCCGCCAUGGAGGCACUGGCUCGCAAGUUGCUGCCGUUUCUCUCCGCAGCUCUCGGUGAAGCCGAUUCAUACUUGGAUCGUGCAUUUCAAUCGCCAUUGUGGAGGUUGAGGCUGUCACGGUAUCCUGCCUGUUCAGGCUACGAGGAUGGCCAAUACGGAAUUGCACCGCACGUCGACACAUCCUUCUUUACGCUCUUGCACCGGUCUGAGAUUGAGUCUAGCCUUGUCGUUUGGGCGUUUUGCUCGGAGCGUUGGGUGCGCGUUCCUACGAAGCCCGGGGCUUUGGUCGUGAAUGCAGGGGAAAUCCUGCGGCAAGUUUCAAACGACACAUUCCAAUCCGCACGGCAUUACGUGUUGAAUGCCAGCGACCAUCCGCGGAGCUCCCUUGCUUUCUUCUUCAAUGCGACAGCUGACUUCAAGAUGCCAGUUGCAGUCGGAGCCGGUGGAGGGCCGGCCAAGUACCCUCCAAGUGCUUACCUGGACAGUCAGGGUGUGGCUCCUUGGCGAAUGACGGACACCUCAGCCAGUGACCACGCCACACCGUUCCAACCAGGACUGCCGAGAAUUGAUCCAUGCUGCAGCGUGAAAAGUGGAUUGUCCCCCGCUGGACUGAUGAACGCGCAAGACGAUUGGGACAUGUUGGGACGGGGCUGGAAACAUCCUGUAAACUCUGUCACUGAGGUUGAUGCCAACCUGCGCCUGGUGUCUCAUGUUCUAUUGGCCGAGUUGCCGGAGGAGUGGCCUGUAGUGUUGGCAGAGUUAGGCUGUAAUGUAAUGCUGCUUGCAACCCAUUCGGGUCGCCAUGUCCCCAUAUCUCAGGUUCUCUAG